CCUCCUUCCGUCGCUUCCGCCCCAACUCCGACGCGAGGCCUCGCUUCGCUUUCCGGUGACGGCGACCAAACUCCCUAUAUUCUCCUCCGCGGCUGGGUCAGCACUCAGCGCGCAGCUCCGUCCGGUGCUUCUCCCGCUGUCGAUCGGAGUUCGUUCGAGUUGGAGCCAGCCCGCGCGCGCCCCCUUUGAGUUUUGGGAGAGGGUCUUGGGCCGGCCGGGCGGCGGCGAUGGAGGAGAGGUACGAGGCGAUGAAGGAGCUGGGGUCCGGCAACUUCGGGGUCGCGAGGCUGGUCAGGGACAAGCGCACAAAGGAGCUCGUCGCCGUCAAGUACAUCGAGAGGGGCAAGAAGAUUGAUGAGAAUGUGCAGAGGGAGAUCAUCAAUCACCGGGCGCUCCGGCACCCUAACAUCAUACGAUUCAAGGAGGUUUGUUUAACCCCUACGCACCUCGCGAUUGUCAUGGAAUAUGCGGCUGGCGGAGAACUCUUUGAAAGAAUAUGCACCGCAGGGCGAUUCAGCGAAGAUGAGGCAAGGUAUUUCUUUCAGCAGCUACUUUCAGGGGUCAGCUACUGCCAUUCCAUGGAAAUCUGCCACCGUGAUCUUAAACUGGAAAACACACUCCUGGAUGGGAGCCCAACACCUCGAGUAAAGAUUUGCGACUUUGGUUACUCAAAGGUGCUAAUAGUUACUGAUAUGUUUCAUAGUCUUUCUAUAAAAUGGGGCUCUCUCCUUGCUGACCACGUUGGCUAUUGUGCUUUCCAGUCUGCUUUGCUGCAUUCCAAGCCAAAAUCAACAGUUGGUACUCCGGCAUACAUAGCACCGGAAGUUCUUUCGAGAAAAGAAUAUGACGGCAAGGUAGCAGACGUAUGGUCCUGCGGCGUGACAUUGUACGUGAUGCUCAUCGGGUCGUACCCAUUUGAGGAUCCUGAUGAUCCAAGGAACUUCCGAAAAACGAUCAGCAGAAUCCUUGGCGUGCAAUACUCCAUUCCAGACUACGUCAGGGUAUCCUCCGACUGCAGAAACCUCCUGUCCCAAAUAUUCACUGCCGAUCCUUCAAAGAGAAUCACGAUCCAAGAAAUCAAGAAGCUGCCGUGGUUCCUGAAGAGCCUACCGAAGGAGAUCUCGGAGAGGGACAGGGCCAACUUCAAGGAGCCUGAGCCGGAGACGACAGUAGCGGCACAGUCCGUGGAGGAGAUCAUGCGGAUCAUCCAGGAGGCCAAGGCCCCUGGCGACAUGUCCAAGUCCUCCGCCGAUGCUGCACUGCUCGCCGAGCUUGCCGAGCUGCAGAGCGACGACGACGAAGAGCCGGGAGACGAGGGGGAGACCUACUAACUGAACCCUGCAUCGCAGUGCACGCAGAUGCAGGCGCGCCUGUGUAGCUGUUCAUAUAUACGAUCUGGAAUACGGUUUGUUGAGACAACAAUAAGGCGCCGAAGCGUAUGAUAUGAUUAUGAUACCCCUUGUACUGGCGUUGUGUACAUUACUGAACAUUGCACGAAUUUAGCGUGCAAGAAUAAAAGAAGAUGAUUGGAAAAUAAAUCUUCCAACCUGUUUGAA